AUGUCUUUAUCAAGUAGUGAGCUCAACUACUUGGUGUGGCGAUAUCUUCAGGAGUCGGGCCAUGACCUAGCGGCAUAUGCGCUUGAAAAGCAUUCGAAAUGUCUGUCUUAUGAGCACAACAAGAAUUUGGAUAUUAUCAAACGAAUAGAACCUGGUUGUUUGGUUGAAUUGGUUCAAAAGGGAAUACUUUACUCCUUAUCCGAGAGAGCACUGAAGAACGUAACAAAGGGACUGGGACAAGAAGAACAAGAGCAGGAAAGCCCUCUAGGUUCGGUGCUAACGUUCUUUGGCGCUGUACUUCUGAAUGAAAGUGAGAAGUUGGAAAGAGAAUUAAUAAAGGAAAAUGUUAAUGAGAGUGCUGCCACAACCAAAUCAAAGCAAGUUGGGGAUGAUGAAGAUGUGGAUAUGGUGGAUGCUGACGAUACAAAUGUAGAGUCUCUGAAUAAGAAUGGUACUUCCACUUCUACCAAUAAUAAUAAUAAUAAUAAUAACAAGAAUGAAGUCAAAUCUGAAUCUCCAUCAAGUUCUUUACCACCUCAUAAGUUUACCACCAGGGAGAUUUCUCCAAGCAUAUCAUUCCCCGAGCUGAUUACUUCACAUUGGCAUCCAAAAUCCGAGGUCUUUGCCUAUGGGAAGGAGGAUUCCACCGCCGUAAUCGUGGCUUUACUGGACCAUCUGAUUGCAGAGUCUGUCACACUCAGACAUCCUACCCUUACAGGUGAUGUAUUAAACGAAAUUAACAUUGUAUCCUGGGCUCCAGCCGGGAAUGUAAUAAUUACUAAUUCCAUCAAUGGAGAGUUGAGAGCUUGGUCACCAGAUGGAAAAUUGAAAAACAUCGCCAAUACUGCAACCCUAGCCUCUGAUGAUGAAUUACAACCCUCUGCUUCUACGAUGAUUUCUAGUCUUCUUUGGAGCGAGUCUGGACUGUUUCUUCUUUCUAUAGAUAUUAACAACCAUGUUUGUCUUUGGGAUGGAUCCAACCUUCAAUUGGUGCAACAGAUUGCAGCAGAACCGUUACCUGGUCAAUCUACAGCAACCAUUAUUCCAACAGUUGCUUGCUGGUUAGAUGACAAUAGAUUUGCUCUUUCAACAAUGAAACAUGGCAUCAAAAUCUUUGGAAUCUCUUCCAGUGGCUCACCAGGUCUCUCUCCAUAUGGAGUACAACAACAGAACAUUCCAGCCAAGCCACUAGGACUCCUUUCUGGCCAUGAACAUACAAUCUCAAUCCUUCAAUUCAAUCAUAUAUCAAAACUUUUGGCAUCUUGUUCAGAUUUUGAUUACAACAUCAAGAUUUGGCAGAGUAAUCUGCUUCAACAUUCUUUGGAACUCAAUGUUGAGGCUCUGGAGGAUUAUACGUUACAUGCGGCUCCUAUAGUAACAUUGGAGUGGAUAGAUAAGUAUAUACUAUUAAGUGUUUCUAUGGAUGGAGUGGUGAACAUUUGGAAUGUGAAGGGAGGUGAAGCACAAAUAUUAAUCAGUGCCAAUGUUUCGGCUGCUGGUCCUGAAAGUUUCCAAUAUGAAGGCAAGACACCUGAAGAUACUGAUGAAAAGGAAUUGCAAUCAAAGGGUAUUUCAAUUUUCAAUGCCACUGUUUCUUUGAACCGCAAAUGGCUUGUGCUUGGUGAUGAUUCAGGUAGGGUAUCCGUUUGGGAUAUUUCACUUGAUCAUUAUCCACAAGGCAGAUCAAAGUGGUUGUACUGUGUGGGAGAAUAUAAGCUUGCUGAUGAUGUAGCAUCAACGUCAGAAAGAGGAAUAUGCGACAUAACGUGGAGUAAACGAUCGAAUAAGGUUUGUGUUUCGUACAAGGGCCAUGACAGUAUAGUGUUUGAUUGGGAGUGA